GUAUCUCCUGGUGGUAAUAAGAAACAAAAUUGUGUUAUUGUUGCAACAAUUAAAGGAGAAAGGGUUUUCCUUGUUGGAGGCAGCGAUGGUGUCCUUAGGAUGUUUUCGCGUACGGGUGUAUUAAAAUGGCAGCAGCAACUAACAGACGAAGAAGGAGGAAUUCAACAUUUAGCUCAUCAAGGAAGUUAUACUGUCUUUGCAAGUGAGACGGUUUAG